CAGAGUUGACCAGAUACUAGUUGCUCUGUAAUAACUCGACUCUCUUCUUAUACUCAGGCCCAAACAAAGAAAAGUUUCGACUCUGGUCUGAUAUCAGGAUUACAAAAAAUGGAGGAAACGGUAGAAUCAUCUGUUACAGAAGGAGAAAGCACGAUUGAAAAAAGAGACAGAAAAGCUAUGAGAGAAUUUGAGGAGGGACUCGAUCAACCCAUGGAUGAAGAAGCUAAUAUGCUCAAGAACAUGAACAAAGAAAAGGGCCUAUCAAUGUUGAUGCUACUAAGACUAUCAUUCCAAAGUCUAGGAAUAGUUUACGGCGAUCUAGGGACUUCUCCAUUGUAUGUGUUCUACAAUACAUUUCCUGAUGGGAUUAAUGAUAGUGAAGAUGUGAUUGGAGCUCUUUCUUUAAUCAUUUACUCUCUUCUGCUUAUACCUCUCAUCAAGUAUGUGUUCAUUGUCUGCAAAGCUAAUGAUAAUGGUCAAGGUGGGACUUUAGCUAUAUACUCAUUGCUUUGUAGGCAUGCUAACGUCAAUCUCAUCCCGAAUCAACAACGCAGCGAUGAGAAUCUCACGACUUAUAGUCGAACUUUAGUCGCUGAAGGAUCUUUUGCUGCUAAAACAAAGAAGUGGUUGGAGAGUAGACAUUCAAAGAAGAGAGCCCUUCUGGUCAUUGUUCUUCUAGGGACGUGUAUGAUGAUAGGUGAUGGUAUCUUAACCCCAGCCAUCUCUGUUCUUUCAGCUACUGGUGGGAUCAAAGUCAACAAUCCAAAAAUGAGCACCGACAUCGUUGUGUUUGUGUCUAUCGUUAUUUUAAUUGGACUGUUCAGUAUGCAACACUAUGGUACAGACAAGGUUGGAUGGCUCUUUGCGCCAAUUGUCCUUAUUUGGUUCCUCUUCAUUGGAGCCACUGGUAUAUACAACAUCUGCAAACACGACACUCGCGUUUUAAAGGCAUUUUCACCAACAUAUAUAUAUGUGUACUUCAGAAGACGAGGACAAGAUGGUUGGAUUUCUCUCGGUGGCAUUCUUCUCAGCAUAACAGGCACAGAGGCACUAUACGCAGACAUUUCUUAUUUCCCUUUACAAGCGAUACAGCUAGCUUUUACACUUUUUGUAUUCCCUUGUCUACUUCUAGCAUACUGCGGACAAGCUGCGUAUCUUGUGAACCACAAGGAACACUACAAAGACGCCUUCUAUGCAUCUAUCCCGGGUUUCGUAUAUUGGCCGAUGUUAAUAGUGGCGACCGGAGCUGCAAUCGUUGGGAGCCAAGCUACCAUAUCAGGGACUUAUUCACUGAUCAAACAGGCUGUGUCUCAUGGGUGUUUCCCUCGAGUUAAAAUUGUUCACACUUCAAAGAAGUUCCUUUCUCAGAUAUAUUGCCCUGAUAUUAACUGGAUACUCAUGAUUGGUUGCAUCGCCGUCACUGCGAGUUUCAAGAACCAAAUAGAUAUCGGCAAUGCAUAUGGGACUGCGGUUAUGGUCGUGAUGAUUGUGACCACAUUACUGAUGGUGCUGACCAUGCUUCUCGUGUGGAGGUGCCACUGGAUCCUUGUCCUUAUAUUCGCCGUUCUCUCGCUAGUAGUAGAACUGUCUUAUUUCUCGGCUGUGCUCCUAAAGGUCAAUGAAGGAGGAUGGGUUCCGCUCAUCAUAGCAGCAUUCUCUCUUCUGGUAAUGUUUGUUUGGAAUUACGUAACAGUCAAGAAAUAUGAGUUUGAAGUGUAUAGCAAAGUUUCCAUGAGUUGGAUCCUCGGUCUCGGUCCCAGCCUUGGGCUUGUACGUGUCCCUGGGAUCGGGUUAGUCCACACGGAACUAGCGAGUGGUGUCCCUCACAUCUUCUCUCAUUUCAUCACAAACCUCCCCGCGAUCCACUCUGUCGUAGUCUUUGUAUGCGUCAAGAACCUCCCCGUCUAUACUAUUCCUGAAGAAGAGAGGUUUAUGGUGAAGAGAAUCGGACCAAAGACAUUCCGAAUGUUCCGCUGCGUAGCCAGGUAUGGUUACAAAGAUCUACAUAGGAAAGACGACAACUUCGAAAACCAACUGUUCGAUAACCUCUUCUCUUUCAUCCAAACUGAAACAAUGAUGGAGUCAUAUUCAAACUAUAGCAACAGCGCGUAUUACGUCAACCAUACACACGUGUCCAGAGAUGAACUGAUCUGUAACAACAACAACUACGACAACAACAAUAACAACAUGGUUGUGUUCUCAUCGAUGUUCGACACGAUAAUUCCACCUGAUUCACCGCAUAGUGCAAUGAGUUUCAGUGAGAACUACAUAGUGGAGGAAGAGGAGGAGGAGGAGGAGGGUGAGGAUGAGUUGGAGUUUUUAAAGACUUGUAAAGAGACAGGGGUUGUCCAUAUCAUGGGAAACACCGUGGUGAAGGCAAGAAAAGGAUCAUUGCUUCCAAAGAAGAUAGCCAUUGACUAUGUUUAUCGGUUUCUUGCUAAGAUGUGUAGGGCGAAUAGUGCUAUCUUACAUGUUCCUCAUGAAACCCUUUUGAACGUUGGACAAGUCUAUUAUGUUUAG